UUUGAACAAGUGAAUCAACCAUCAAAACGUCUUCUUCAUAACCCCCCAUUCCCCCUUCACUCCCUCUCUUUUUCUCUCUCCUCAUUUCUCUACUGCCGCUCACUCUCUGCUGCGAUUUCUCGAAUUCGUCCUGCUUCCAUUAUCGAAGCUUCAGAGAGCUAACAAUCUACCACUGCUUCUCAGUUACUAUGAAUUGCUCAAUUUCCGGUGAAGUACCGGAAGAGCCGGUUGUUUCCAAGCAAUCUGGACUUCUCUUCGAGAAGCGUCUCAUUGAGCGUCACAUUUCGGAUUAUGCAAAGUGUCCGGUUACAGGAGAGCCUUUGACCAUGGAUGACAUUGUUCCAAUUAAAGCUGGGAAGAUAGUGAAGCCUAGACCUGUCCAGGCUGCUAGUAUUCCUGGAAUGAUUGGCAUGUUCCAAAAUGAAUGGGAUAGUUUGAUGCUUUCCAACUUUUCUCUGGAGCAACAAUUACAUAAUGCCAGGCAAGAGCUUAGCCAUGCUCUUUACCAGCAUGAUGCUGCUUGCCGGGUUAUUGCAAGGCUAAAGAAGGAAAGAGAUGAGGCUAGAUAUCUGCUGGCUGAAGCAGACGAGAGACAGAGAUCUAUAUCAGGAGCAACAGGCAAUGCAGUACAUGCUCCUGCUUUGAGCAAUGGGAGAAGAGCUGCUGAGGAAGAGGAUCUGGGCCCUGAUGCAAAGAGAGCCCGGCCCGGAAUUUCAACCGAUACUAUUGCUGAGCUGACAGAUUGCAACCUGGAACUUUCACAGCAGCGUAAAAAGCGGACGAUACCCUCAACCUUGGCUUCUAUUGAAGAUCUGGAGCGCUACACCCAGAUCUCUAGCUAUCCUCUUCACAAGACCAACAAACCUGGCAUUCUAUCUUUUGAUAUCCAUUAUUCUAAGGAUAUAAUUGCGACUGGAGGAAUUGAUACAAAUGCUGUUGUGUUCGAUCGGUCUUCAGGACAGAUUGUAUCAACACUCAGUGGUCACUCAAAGAAGGUUACCAGCAUCAAAAUUGUUCCACAGGACGAUAGUUUAGUUAUAACGACAUCAGCAGAUAAGACUGUAAGAUUAUGGCAAGGAUCAGAGGACGGGAAUUAUGAUUGCAAGCAAGUUCUACGAGAGCACACAGCUGAGGUGCAAGCCGUUACAGUUCAUGCAACAAACAAAUACUUUGUAACUGCUUCCCUUGAUGAUUCAUGGUGCUUCUACGAUCUUUCAAGCGGACGUUGUCUCACACAGGUUACAGACUCUUCAGGGUCUGAGGGGUAUACAUCUGCGGCUUUUCAUCCCGAUGGUCUCAUCCUUGGAACAGGAACAACAGAUGCUGUUGUUAAAAUUUGGGAUGUUAAAACUCAGGUUAACGUUGCCAAAUUUGACGGGCACACAGGUCCCGUUACAGCCAUGUCUUUCUCGGAAAAUGGGUACUUCCUAGCGACUGCAGCUCAUGAUGGUGUUAAGCUCUGGGAUCUGCGUAAAUUGAAGAAUUUCCGGUCCUUCCCUUCUCCUGAUCCAGACACACCAACCAACUAUGUUGAUUUCGACCAUAGCGGGAGUUAUCUUGCAGUUGCCAGUUCAGAUAUAAGAGUGUACCAAGUUGCAAGUGUCAAGUCAGAAUGGAAUUGUAUCAAGACCCUACCUGAUUUGUCUGGAACAGGAAAAGCUACUUGUGCCAAAUUUGGUCCAGAUGCAAAAUACAUAGCAGUGGGAUCGUCUGAUAGAAACCUUCGGAUAUUUGGAUUGCCAGGGGAUGAUGUUGCCCCCGAAUCUUAAGUGUGAUGGGUAGCAGUUGUGGUUACAUGCAGUUUCGUGGGGGCUUGAGUGACCCCAGUCUGUUAGAUCCUGAGAGCCAUAUAUACGAUUCUUUCCUUCUGGUGCUCAAAAGUUCUAAGUGAAGUUCGUUCAUUCAACAGAUGGUUGUUUCGCGAUAACAUAUCAAAUCCCUGUAAAAGCAGUAGAGUUCAUUUUUUGUAUUGUCGUGUACUCUAUCUAAUACAUUAGUAUAGGUUACUUAUGACCUGAAAUAUCAAAAUCUGUUUUGCAUAUCACGAUGAUUUUUGAGCUGAAUUUUCGCUAAUGUGAUACUGUUUGUCUCA